AUCUUUGUCACCUGUUUGAUGUCCUCGCUUUGUGCUGAAUGUCAUAUUUUUCAAAGAUGUGCGCGCUAGUUUAUUGUUUACAGUUUCUUCUCUAGUACCCAAAUUUUGAAGAUUUUCUUUCAUUUUAAUCUUAAAUUUGAAUUUGUACACAGCCAAUAAUUUUUUAGGCCUUUUUUCGGCCGGUCGGCAGUCACUUUAUUUUUUACACUUAGGUGUAGAUGUCUGUUUUUGUUAGCAUUGUAGCAACGAAUUUAUUAUCACGUUAGGUUUCAUAUGAGUUGUUACUCGGUGAAACACCAUUCAAAAUGAAUUUAUGAAUAAAAUAUUUCAUUCAAGAUUAAAGAACCAACUGUCGUGCAUCUUUUCAGGGAAGCUAAAGACUAAUUGUUUGUGCUAUCUUUUAAAAUCAGUAGAUAGCCACUCUGUAACAUUAUAGUUGGAAACAGCUAUUUUAUAUUUUUACAUCAAGAAGUUAUUUCAGUUUUGAUUAUCUUAGUUUAGGUCGUGAAUACGCAUUUCUUUUUGCUUAUUUUUAUAAACUUUGAAAGUUGCGGGUCGGACAGUUACAAAUUAUUUGAAAUUUGCUUUUGAUAAUAAGAAAGAAUGACUGUGACUUGUUUUCGCAGUCAAUUUGUUUUGAUGAUAAGAAUAACUUUCUACGAGGCUAUCGCAGAAGACGGGAUUGGGGGUAAAUUAUGAUUAUGAUCUAUACGCCCUAGUGGGGUUACUUGGUCAAAAUGGACAUGAUAUUUUUAUGAAGUUUGUCAAUGGUUGAACAAAAUAACAGUAGACCUCCUUGAAGAGGAUGACAGAAAAGGCAAAUAGCGAAGUAUAGCUUGCAGGUCAACUCACUAAACCUUCAUAUAGUUAUUUGCAUUGAUUGAAUGCACACACGAGUGGUAAAUGCUCAAGUCAAAAUGAUCUUUGAUACCAGGCUGUCCACCCUCGGGUUUUUGUAACUCUAUGUUACAAAAAGCGGCUUACUCGGACAUUUGGUAGUGGAAGCUGAUAGCAUAUCUGACGAUGGAGAGAAGUGUCAGGGACCUAGCAAAUUACAAUCGUGACUACCAACACUUCAUUCAAAAUUUACAAAAAUUUCACGGAAGUAGAGGGUCAGGGUUCAAGAAGGUACCAUUCUUUGGUGGAAAAGAACUAGAUCUGUUGUUAUUGUACAAGACAGUUACUUCGCUUGGUGGUUGUUCAAAGGUGACCGAUGAAAAGAAAUGGAGAGACGUCGCCAAGUGCUUCAAUUUGCCAUCAAGCUGUACUAAUGCCGCAUUUUCCUUACGUCAAUACUACCUAAGAUACUUGGCAUCGUAUGAGAAGCUUAAUUUCUUGGGUGAGGAUGUAGAUGACAACUCGUCCGAUAUUCGACGGGCUAGCAGCUCACUUUUUCUGCAGCAGUCAAGUAUCAACUUUGCACCAACACAUUACCAAGAACCGAUGAAAAAGGUUGAACUCGGACCUUUUGGUGAACCCAAAGUAAACAAUUUCGAUCGUCUCAUGUUCGCACUGGUCAGUGGCUUACCAAACGAGGUGGAUUUUGCCUUGAAUAUUUGCACGCUGUUAUCAAAUGUCACGAAUUCAAUCUUCAAUCUCGCCAAGGCGCCCAAUAUCGUAGAUCUAAUGCUUGCACACGUGGGGAUAUUCUCUGAAGGGGAUACGGCAAUGCGAGAACUAUACAAAGAAUGGUAUCAAGAAUCGGACCGCGAUUUUGAUAAGUUUUGGAAAGAAACAAUAGACGAUAAAACUGUAAAGGAGAUUUUCAAUGGAAUGUGUGGUUGCAAUGCAGCUGCCCCGGCUGAUGACUUAGUAAAUCUAUUCAACCCGAAUACAAGCAAAUUGGCUGAAUCGGUCGAAGCAAAAAGAGUUAAUCAGAUAUGUGUGAUUCUGCAUAAUUUUUCAUAUGAAGAGUUGAACUGCAUGUUCAUUGCUUCACACCUCACUUGUAGAAGAUUUCUCACACUUUGUGCUGGGUCAAAACUGACGUCUUUGCGAAAAACAGCACUCGAUGCACUGGACAACUUAGCUGAUAAGAUUAUUCUGAACAUUAUUCAAGACGAUGAAACUCAAAAAGAGCUCAGAGUCCUACAGAGUUUUCUUUUUUCAAAUGAUCGCCAACGAAAAGUUCGAGCCAUCAGCAUUCUCGCAAAGCUUAGCUCCCAUGAAGAAAAUGAAGAUGUUUUGAGUGAGGCUAUACCUGACUAUUUUUAUGAAGAACUUAUCAGAUGCCUGACAAUACCAGAUAUUCAGCUGAUCCUGAACGCCUUAGAUGCACUGUACUAUUUAUCUGAUUUGGGUGAAGCAACAGCUACUGCGAUAGUAAUGGUUUAUAAAAGCAUAGAUAUUUUGGUAUGUUUGGUGACAGUACACGCAGAAUCGUAUGGCAACAGAGCCAUUACUGGCUUUCGAAUCGUUGAAAACAAGAACUCGUUACACGCCCAAAAGCACGCUGCGCUGCAGCAGAAUCUGCAAAGAAACGUAGCUGUGCAGCAGCUGCAACGGAGCUAUACCCAAAUGCAUCCAGUAGUUCAACAAGCCGGGAUUCCGCAAGUGCGUUCUUCUCCAAAAAGCCAAGUUGUCCCAGCUCUUCUCCCUGUGCGGCAAGAACCUCCAAAACCAGAUGAAAAUGAAGAAGUUGAGCCAGAAAUAUUUGCUGCAAGAUGGAUAAGUGCUUAUUACGAACUUGCUCCAGGCACCGAGAUUCAAAGAUCACAGGUCUUUUCUGAUUACAUCGAAUCUUGCAAGGAAAUCGGUAGAAAAGGAGUUCUUAAUGCUCAAAACUUCUUCAAGAUUCUUGGUCUCGUCAUACCUGCACCAUACUGGCGCCCAAAUGAGGCAAACAGAGACGAUCCAACCAUCACCGGCAUCAAAAGGAGAGCAAACCCCCUUCUCGUAAAAAACAAAGGCUCCAAAACUUCUGCUCGGAUUCCGGAUGUUUCUUCACAGCGUAGAGAACAAUCAAUGCCAAUUCGUCCGAUACCCGUGAUGCCAGGAAGCCCAGCGCUGUUGCUGAAACCCCAAUCAAUUCAAGGUAAUCUACUUCGAGCACAAGAUGGCACUGCCAGUCCUUUACAGGGACAACAGCAGCUCCCUAGGCCCAUUUUGGUGCAAACUUCCCUGCCUUCCAAAGCUCAAAUUCCACCACAGUCAAUGGCACCCGUAACUAGUGCCAACCAGGGAAUACCACUGAGAUUGCUAGAGCAGCACGUCAACUCGCAAGGCCAAGGUAAGGAUCCCCCAUCCAGUGCAACGCCAAAAAGUAAUGCUGGAUCGAGCGACAAAGAUGCUACACCUAGUGUUGCUACAGUACAGCAGUUAACUCCCAGUCAUACUGGAACAGCACAACUACAAGUUCCAGGAAUCGUCCAAUCGGCACCCGGAACCGUCCCACAAGAGACAAGCAACGUUUUAUUGGGAAAUGUAAAUCAAACAUCGCAGAGUCCUUUGUUGUCGAAUCAGGGGGUCGUUACUAACCUGACAGUGGCUGCUAGUCCAGAGUUGAACAGUCAAUCAAGGAACAUCCUUGACAGUAAUAUGAAGCUAAAAUCCCAGCAGAAACUGAGCGCGAAAGAAAAGAAUGAACGAAAGAAGGCAAUGAAAGCAGCAAGAGACAUGAUCAAUGCCGAUAUUCGAGCUUCAAACCUUGAUCCGCUUACUCAAUGCCAGAAUCUUACUGAGCGUAUACAAAAGGAGAUGCAGCAGCAUUUUGUGCAGUUUCAUGUGCAUCAGCAAAGCAUACAAGCGAUACAAGCUCAACUGCAGCAGUUAGUAUUGCAAAACCAGCAGGCCAAACUGCCCCAGAACGUGAUGGAUGAUAUAAACACUCGUGUGCGCAGUCAUCAUGCUCAGAUGCAGGCCCAUUAUCAAAAGCUGCAGCAACUGCAAUUACUUUUACAGCAAGUGAAAAUUAGGCUUACACAAGAACAGAAACUAAAAGACCCUACUGCAGCAGUACCUGAUACCAGUAGCGAAUCGGCGGCUCUGAAUAUGCCAAAGACACCAAAGAGCUCACGAGUACCCAAAAAACCGUCAACCACAAGCAUGCCUGCCAACCUCCCCAACCAGUUGCAAAAUUCACCAGCUGCUUAUGGGUUAACUGCAAUGCAACCUGGGAAUGGUGCACAGUCUCUCGCAGUCGCAGGUAUUCAGCAGAUGCAAUCAUUUGCAAUAGCAGUUAACCAACCAAUGGCAGCCACUGUGAAUAGCAUUUCCUCAACAAGUGGCGCGGAUGUAUCCAAGGGUGUCGCUCCUUCGCAAUUAAAGGCAGCAGAAGAUGGUUCACAAGUAAACCAGGCUAUGCAAGGUGUUGCCACAACUCAAGUAGGACUGUUAGCAGCCAACACGCCAGUGCAAAUACAAACUUCACAGAUACCGGCUCAUAUGGUAAUGACAGGGUCGGCUGCCCUAAAUCCUCAGACAGCAACACCGGUCAAACAAGCAGGGGCUCAGGUUUUACAAAAGUCUGUCGCUAUCACUUACAACACGCCAAUCCUACCCAGGCCGCCCACUUCAGCACCGUCAAAUAUACAGAGUUCAGCAGCACAGAGUUUACCGAAUUCUGGCUUUGGGGGGCAAGCAGUACUGUUUACUAUGCCAAUGGUGGCAGUACCGCCGCAAGGAACACUGCAGUCUACACAAGAGGUAAGGUCUUCACCAACACCCGUCCAGAACACUGCACACCCAAGCAUAACCAAAAGAGACAAUGUUGCUAUGUCAAAUACGACUGUGAUGACGUCAUUAGCGCGAGUAAAUAACGAAAACAUUAUCCUUGGAGAGGAGUCAUCAAUUUCUACGUCAAAGAUAAAUGCAACUAUAACUAACGGGAUUAUGGGGUCGUUAAGUUCUGGGUUAAGUUCAACUCCAUGUACUGUUACAUCUAACGGAACUGCCAGCCCAGAGCUUAAAAACGCUGCGACAUUGGUAAAUGGCCAACGGGAAGGAGCGACUGGUAAGGGCCCUCAGUCUUCUGUACACGAGGUUCAGUUAUCGGAAAGUUAUAAUCCAACGAACGUUAUAGUUAACGGUAAGGUAAAUGGAAUUUCCAAUUUUAAAGAUAAUUCUACGAAAUUUCCAGAUGCAGUUAGUAAAAAUAUGGAUGUUUCUGAAAUUCGGUUUACUGACGACGAUUUGACAAAGAUUGUUAAUGGCGACCGUGAGAGUUCGGUUGGUAAGGGACUUUCAAACUGCACAGAAGAAAGCCACGGGGAUAAUGAGAAAACGAGUCUGAAAAGGAAGCUUGAGGAUAUUCAAAAAGCCGACACAACGAAUACGCGACUGCACGAUAUUGGUAUUGAUAAAAACAAUGAACAUGACAAGUUGGAUGAUUUUUUAUACAGUAAGUACGACUCAGUAAUAAAAAAUAGCAAAAAACUAAAAUUAAAUGGAGUUUAUGUUAAUAACUGCAAAGAAAACGUUGAUAUUAAAGAAAUGGACACCAAUCAUAGUGAAGAUGUUUCUGAUCAGCCGGGUCAUUUGGAAACUGAUGACGCAUCUAGGAUUCAGCGCCGGGUUAUUGUGGAGGAGACAGGUUCAGGUCAAAGUAGCAAAGAACUGAAAAUUGGCGAUCUAGAACAAAGCGAUACGGAAAAAGCAAUUGCGGAAAUCCCUGAAAAUGAAAAUAUUGCCGGGCAAGAUAAAAAUGUAAAUUGCCUUGAUAGAAAUGUGAACAAUUUGGAAGGUGAAGUUCUCGAAGAUACAAAACGGAAUUCCAAAGAGCAAGUAUCGCAAGAUUUGGGGUCAAAAGGUCAUCAGAGACUGAGCACGUCAGAGGAACAUAGCAAAAGUGACAAGGAGAGACAAGGAGAAAGGAAGUGCCAGUGGUCUGGUUGUAAAGGCUCUUUUGCCACCUCGAAUGACCUGCUUGCACACAUGGUGUUCAGUCACGCCCCUCAAGAAGGUAGCAUGAAGGCCUGCAAAGUAGCUGGGUGUAAACCUGUUCAGAGGCCACGGGGAUCAAUGAUCUGUCAUUUCAACCAAGUUCACUGCAAUACGUCUACCGUUCACGAUGAUGAGCAGGUGACCUUACCACAGUUGCUCUUUCCAAAAGUUGUUGAUAUUGAGAGAGAAGACGAAUCACCGGUUACUCGAACCGUCCGCCUUACUGCAGCGCUUAUACUCCGGAAUAUCGCUCGUAACUCACCGCAUGGGAGAAAGGUAAUUCUGACCUAUGAGACGAGGCUUGUGCCAUCGGCGAUGUCUGCUUCGGAAGCGUCGUCCGCCGUGUCGGCGUGUCUAGAAGAACUAUCAAGAAAGCGAAAAAAACCCUCAGACAGUAACACUGCUGAUGUGGCCAGUUGAUCUAGGAUACGAUUUAGGUUAAUUUAUGCUAAUUUAUGUUAAUUUAUACUUAGCUUUACAAUUAUUUGGUGCUUUCAACCCAAAAGCUUUAUUCAAAUCUUCUGUUUUACUUUCACGUGCGUUGUAGCUUCGUGGUGGGAAAGAACACUCACGUCGAUUUUUUAAAUUUGCAUUUGGGUUUGAGUUCGUUCUCUUUGCUACAGUUUUAUUGGUGUCUUUUAGAAUAAUAUCGUUCGUACUUCACAGCGUCAAGCCAACUUUGGCAAUUGUUUGAAACUUUUUUAAAAAAACUAGCCUACUCUCUAUAUCGUUUUUGGUCGCUACCUGCGAACCUUUUAAAGCAUGUCACGACAUUGCCUGCAAAGUGAUCUUUGCAAAAUGGAUAUAUUUUAUUUUUAGUAUGUAAACGGAAAACAGUGGAAGAUCUGCCUGUGCAUAAACACAUCUACCGUUACAUGUUUAGACUUACAAAAUCUACAAUUCAAAGAGCUUGUCUCUAUAUUUAAAGAUACUAUUUUUGUGUUAUUCUAGAAGAAACCUUGAAUACAAGGCUUCCUUUGUACCGAAGUUCCAGUAAAAAGUGAAAUGUUUUCAAAGUUUGUGGCCUACGCCUAGUUCCCUUUCACCCCCAUUACACUUUUAAAUUAGUUACUCGUAGACAGGUUUGUUGACAUCUGUAAAAAGAGACUUAAAGACGUAUAUAAGAAUUGCAGAAAGCUUUCUUCUUGCGAUGAGUAAUGCCAACUUAUUGCCACGUUUAUGAGAUUCGAGAUGGAUUUUAAAUGCA